UUCAUAUUAAUUAUACUAACUACAAAUUUUAUUAAUUAAUUGUAAAAAUAUCCUAGGGCUGAUUUAUUAGGCAUUAGUCCUAGGGUUGCCGCGGUGAAAAAUUUCAAGAUGCUUACUAAUUCGCCAAUGUACGACAAGGAUAUAAGGCCUAACUUAGCAGAAAAUACCUCGGUUCAAGUUGGCAUCACUAUGUAUGUUAUCAACUACGACUUUAACCCGGAAACUAGGGAUAUGAGCAUGAUGAUGUAUUUCCGGCAAAUGUGGAACGACCCUCGACUGGUAUCCAAUAGCAUAACCGAGGAUGUGUAUGGUGGACAGUCACUCUUGGAGAGGGUAUGGGUACCUGACACAUUUUUCUCAAACUCCAUGGACGUGAAUAUCGUGAAAUACCCGACCCGGAACACUUUCUUGAAAGUUAAACCUAAUGGCGAUGUUUUGUAUAGCGAAAGAAUUAAAGUGAACUACAGGUGCGGACCGCAGAAAAGUGUUAAGUCGGACGAGUGUACACUAGAAAUGGAAUCAUAUGGAUUUAGCAUGGUUGAUAUGGAGUAUACAUGGGCUAAAGGUGACGAGUCAAUUAAUUUUGAUAAAAAGGACAUUGCACAAAAAUACCAACUAACAGAGGCCUUACCCAGUAAUGAAACGGUGACCUUAAAAUAUGGUACAUAUUCCCGACUGUUGGCUACGUUUAAGCUCAACUGUAGAGAUUGUGUGGACAAUGAUAUUAUUGAAUCAUCGACUGCAACGGAAUAAGCAAAUUGUUCAUGAUUUGUAAUUUGCAUAUAAAUUGAUAAAGUAUAAAUAAUAUAAAGUCAAUCAUUAUCAAUUUACUUUUUAUUGUAUUUAUAAUUGUUAAAACAAAUAAAACAUAUUUCAUAAAAGUCA